AUGUCUUUUGCGUUUGGAUUUACCAACGAAGAUCUCAGUGACGAAGAUCUCAAUGACGGCAAGCAGGUGGAUUCAAAGCUUUCAACCAGAAAGGAAAGGGCUUUAGAUACCUUUCAUGUGCUUCCGGAACAUCAACCGAAAGUUCAAUCUUUAAAUAACAUUCUCAAGUCAUUGGAAAAUGUUAGACUUACACUCGAUAAUUAUUACACUCCAAACGGCCAUAUAGUAUACAGAAGAGAACUUUAUGAUGUGAAACAUCAGAUCAUGAUGGAAGAGAAAGAUGUACUGAGCAAACUAAGCGAAUUGCUAAUCGAGCGAAACGAUGCAGAUGUGCAAAGCAAUGUUUACGAGGGAGGAUUCAAAAGUUGGGAGUGUUCAUACGAUACAGUUGAUGAAAUACAUGAUGCAAUUAAUAGGAAGAGCUUUCAAUUGUUUAAUCUGUCGAUAUUGGAAUUAGGAUGUGGAACUGCCUUACCUAGCUGCUACAUUUUAAAGCGGAAAUUUGAAGAGUGCGAUCAUCAGGAAAUGUGUAUUGUAUUAUCCGACUUCAACUAUGAUGUUCUCAGACUAGUCACUGUACCCAACCUUUUGAUCAAUUGGGCAUCAACCCUCCCAGUCGAAGAGUUACAUAGAUUAACAACUGAUGACGUCAAUUGUCGAUUUGAAAAUAACGAGGUAUUUGUCACAGAGGGAUUAAUACACGAGUUCGAAAGGCAAUUGCAGAUAUCAAAUGUUCAGCUAAUUCCGAUCUCUGGAUCAUGGGGUAGGGAGUUUAACACUAUUGUCGAAGCACACAAAAUUGAUUUCAUCAUCAGUUCAGAGACCAUCUACUCCACUCAAACGUUACCUGUUGUUGCUGAGUCGAUAAAGAACAUACUUGAAAAAGCAGGCACCAAACAUGGACAAGCUCUAAUAGCAGCAAAGAAUAUCUAUUUCGGUGUGGGAGGAUCAGUGAUUGAAUUUUUGACAUACUUCGAGUCAAUCAAGGACUCUCAUUUUAAGAUUGAGGUGAAAGAAAUUAUUGAUUCACUGUUGAGGAGAUCGUUAGUUAGAAUUGACUAUGAGGGAAAUUAG